AUGUGCCCUGGUGGGCGUACGGCCGGGCCCCGCUCCCCCGAUUCCUCCCGGCUCCCCGGGCGCUGCGGCCGGGGCUGCGGCCGGUCACGGUGUCCCCGCCUUUCGGCAGGCACUGGAGCUCUCUUCGCCGUGCAGAAGCUGUUGAGCAAGAAGCUGCCUUACAGCCCGCAGUGGAGCCUGCUGCUGGCCGGGGCUGCAGGGUCCAUUGCCAGCUAUGUGGUAACCAGAGCUGAGACACAGAAAUGUUCUGACUUCUGGAUUUACCUGGAGACAGGCAAGUCCCCCCAGGAGCUUGCCGGGGAUGGUAGGGUGUCUCAGCCUGGAGAAAAUCUGCCCAGCCCAGAGGACGGAGAGAUUAUGGCACUGCUAGUGAGGAGGAACAAGUACGGGGAUGUUGUGGAGUAG